GCGCACGCGGGAAAAAGGCUUUCCUUCUGUGUUGCUUUUGCGCAUUGUCUAGUUGUGACCUCGCCGUGUUAGUUUCAAUUUUUAUCUCGCUGAAUACAAUUGUUUGGCACAUAAUUUCAUUUAAAAUGUCUAUUGGAGUUCCAAUCAAAGUACUUCAUGAGGCGGAGGGCCAUAUUAUCACAUGUGAAACCGCGAAUGGAGAAGUUUAUCGUGGAAAACUCAUAGAAGCUGAGGAUAACAUGAAUAGUCAAAUGACAGAUGUAACUGUUACUUAUAGAGACGGUAGAACAGCACAGUUGCAGAAUAUUUACAUCCGCGGAAGUCAAGUUAGGUUUAUGAUUUUGCCUGAUAUGCUUAAAAAUGCUCCGAUGCUGAAGCAACAACGCGGUGGAUCUGCCGGAAGAGGAAAAGCGGCUAUUUUGAAAGCUCAAGUUCGCGGCCGCGGAAGAGGUGGAUUCAGCAGAGGAGGCGGUGGUUUCAGGGGCCGUGGUGGGUUUGAUUCUGCCAGCUUCCGUGGACGUCACUAAUACUUGGAUAGAGUUGAAAAAAGUUAUUGGCCCAAGUCUUUUACUGUAGAUUUUGUUGGAGCUGCUCCCACCGCCUUUCAAUCUAAGCUUCUGCUAUCCACAGAUCCAUGCUCACUGUCUGUGAUUUAUUCAUUUCUAGUAGGCAGCUGAUGUAUUAUAUCAUUCCAUUAUGUAGUUCUGGCUUGUGGUAAAUUAUUGAUUGUUUUUAGUGUGACUGGAUGAUAUUAAUAUCUAUACUUAUGUCCAUUUUGGCAUGAUUAUUUUAUAAUCAUCCAGAAAAUGUGUAAAUUUCAAUUUUUAAGUUUGGAAUAAUAGUCUACCAAAUCUUAAAAUAUUAGGUAAUACUUAAUUUCGAUUACAUUUCUGUUAUUAUGUACAUCAUCUUGAGAUUCCAAUAUUGGGAGUGCUGCAUAUGAUUUUACAUGUUUGUCUUGCACAAUAUUUGAAUUAUUUUUCAUUCGUUUUGGUUUCUUUUACAACAUCUGCCUGCCUGUCUGUAAAGUCAGACAGGUGUUGCAAUUUUUGGUCUCCAAGUUUUAUUCAACCUGGGACAAUUUCUUCUAGCAUUGCUCAAAUGUGAUUACUGGUAUAUCAAUGUCUACAAACCAGAGCGAAUUUUAACACAAGUUGAAUUUGAAUAAUAUUAUUCUUGAUCUGUGCAUUUAUUGUGAUUUAAUUUGCUGCUAUUAGCUUCAUUAUUUCAGUCUGCUAAAGUUGGCAUUAUGUCUGUAUGUUGUUGGUACCUUUUUUUGAUGCCACUUUGGUAUGCAAUCCCAAUGUCUGAUCUAAGAGAUUUUAGAAUUAUCCUAACCCUAACCCAGUGAUGACAAAUUUGGGAUUAGAAACUAAACUCUAUGAGAAUUUCUUCUUGAGAUUAAACUAAACUCUAUGAGAAUUUCUUCUUGAGAUUAAGUAGUUUUAUGAUUCGAAAUCGCAUACCAAAGUGGCAUCCUUUUUCAAUCAUGAUAGGCUAGCGAUACGUUGAUUUUGUUUAGUGUGGAUCUGGGAAUAUAACUUUGUCAGAUUUUGGUUCGAGAUUUAAAUGGGUCCAAUUUCUUUUUAUAACAGA